CCCGGAUCGGUUUCUUGGAUGCUGAAGGCUGAGCCGUUCCAGCGCGGGUGCCCAGGCGGCGAUGGGUGUCUUCGGAGUGUGGCUCGGGGUGGCCCUCGCCUUGGCGGAAUUUGCAGUAUUGCCUCAUCAUUCUGAAGGUGCUUGUGUCUAUAAGGGCUCCUUGUUGGCGGAUGCCACAGUUUGGAAGCCCGAUUCGUGCCAGAACUGUCGUUGCCAUGGCGAUAUCAUUAUCUGCAAACCUGCUGUUUGCAGAAACCCUCAGUGUGCCUUUGAGAAGGGAGAAGUUCUUCAAAUACCUGCCAACCAGUGCUGCCCUGAAUGUGUGUCCAGGACAUCUGGAUCUUGCCGUCAUGAAGAGAAAGUCCAUGCGCAUGGAGCCCAGUGGGCUUCAUCUCCGUGUAGCGUGUGUGCCUGCACUCACGGGGAAGUCCGAUGUACCCCGCAACCUUGCCCGCCUCUGCGGUGUGGACCCGGGAAGCGGGAACUCAUCCCCGAAGGCAGCUGCUGCCCAGUCUGCGUGGGUCCUGGGAAGCCGUGUUCCUCUGAGGAGCGGGUGUAUCAGGAUGGACAGGAGUGGUCGCUGAGCCCGUGUGCCAGAUGCACCUGCAGAGAUGGGACCGUCCAGUGCUUCACAGCCCAGUGCCAGCCUCUGUUUUGUAACCAGGAUGAAACCGUAGUCCGAGUCCCCGGACAGUGCUGCCCCCGGUGCUCCGCGCGGACCUGCACUGCAGCCGGCCGAGUCCACGAGCAUGGUGAGCAGUGGAGUGAAAACGCCUGUACCACGUGCAUCUGUGACCAGGGAGAGAUCAAGUGCCAUAAGCAGGCCUGCCCCCCGCUGCGAUGUGAGAAGGGCCAGAAAAAGGCUCGCCGCCCCGGGGAGUGCUGUGAAGAGUGUGUCUCUCCGGCCAGAAGCUGCUCCUCCGAUGGGGUUGUGCGGUACCAGGGGGACAUGUGGAAGAGCUCGGCCUGUGAGUUCUGCAUGUGUGACCGGGGCCAGGUGACCUGCCACCCUGGCGAGUGUGCCACAGUGCGGUGUGGCCAGGGUGAAGAAUUAAUUCACUUCGGUGGAAAAUGCUGUCCCGAAUGCAUUGCCAAGAAUGGUUAUUGUCGAUAUGAAGAAAAUGUAGAAUUUAUGUCUUCAAAUGUGAGUGAAGUUAAACAUAUUCCAGAGGGCGAGAAGUGGGAGGACGGCCCUUGCAAGGUGUGUGAGUGCCGGGGUGCUCAGGUGACAUGCUACGAGCCCUCUUGUCCCCCAUGUCCUGUCUCCACACUAGCCCGAGUGGUGAAGGGACGCUGUUGUCCAGACUGUACAUCAGUUCGUUGUCACCCAGACUGCCUGACCUGCUCCCAGUCUCCAGACCACUGUGACCUCUGCCAGGACCCCACAAAGCUGCUGCUCAGUGGACGCUGUGUGCACAGCUGUGGCCUGGGAUUUUACCAGGCUGGUGCUCUCUGUCUAGCCUGCCAGCCUCAGUGCUCCACAUGCAGCAACGCGCACGAGUGCUCCUCCUGCCAGCCCCCGCUGCUAAUGCAGCACGGGCACUGUGUCCCUUCGUGCGGACCCGGCUUCUACCGGGAUCAUCACGCCUGUGCAGUCUGCAGCGAGUCCUGUGCCACCUGCUGGGGUCCCACGGAGAAGCAGUGCUCGUCCUGCAGAGACCCCCUGCACGUGCUGCGAGAUGGCAGCUGCCAAGACAGCUGUGGUGAUGGCUUUUACAACAAGCAAGGGACCUGCAUUGCUUGUGACCAGUCCUGUAAGAGCUGUGGCCCCAAUAGCCCCAGGUGUCUCACCUGUGUUGGAAAGACAGUGUUGCACGAUAGGAAAUGCAUUUCUGAAUGCCCCGAUGGGUUCUACGCUGAUGCCACUGGCAGAUGCAAAGCAUGUCAUCACUCCUGUGCCAGCUGCUCUGGACCUCUGGUCUCCCACUGCACUUCCUGUCCCCACCCCCGGGCUCUACGCCAAGGUCUCUGCCUGCCCAGCUGUGGAGAGGGAUUCCACCCCGACCACGGGGUCUGCAAAGCCUGCCAUCCCUCUUGCCUGGCCUGCGUGGGCCCAGAGCCCUCUCACUGCACCCGGUGUAAGAAGCCAGAGGACGCACUGCAAGCAACACCACUGCCUGGGGUUGACAUUCCCUCAGGCGAGUGCCUGCCCCACUGCAGAGCCCAGUUUUACUUGGAGAGCACUGGACGGUGUGAAGCUUGCCACCAGUCCUGUGUGGAGUGUGCCGGCAGGAGUCCACACAACUGCACUGUCUGCCAGCCCUCCCGGGCACUGCUGGAUGGCCGCUGCCUCGCCCGCUGCCCAGAUGGAUUCUUCACCCAGGAAAGAGCUUGCACAGAAUGCCACCCGACCUGCAGGCAGUGCCAGGGGCCGUUGGAAUCUGACUGUAUUUCCUGUCACCCUCACGCCACUCUGACUGCUGGGAGCUGCCAGACCAACUGCAAGGAAAAACAGUUCGUCAACAUCACGGGCUACUGUGCUGACUGCCAUCCUCUGUGCCAGCGCUGUGUGGCUCAGCCCCAACGCCCCAAGAGCAUCUGCCUGACGUGCCAGCAUCCCCAUCAUCUGCUCCUGGGGGACCACUGUGUUCCCAGCUGCCCUCCCGGACACUAUGCAGAGAGAGGAGCUUGUAAAAAAUGUCACUCCUCCUGCAGGACCUGCCAUGACAGAGGUCCCUUCUCCUGCUCCUCGUGUGACCCCGGCCUCGUUCUGUCUCACCUGGGCACCUGCAGCAUGACCUGCUUCCCCGGGCACUAUCUCGAUGGCAACCGUGCCUGUCAGCCGUGUGAUGCUCAGUGUGGAAGUUGUGACUCUCAGGCCAGCUGUACCUCCUGCCGAGAUCCCAACAAGGUCCUGCUCUUUGGGGAGUGUCAGUACGAGGCCUGUGCCCCGCAGUACUAUCUCGACUUCUCCACCAAGACUUGCAGAGAGUGUCACUGGACUUGCAGCACCUGCACCGGGCCUCUGAGCACAGACUGCCUGCAGUGCCUGGACGGCUACGUCCUCCAGGAGGGCGCGUGCGUGGAGCAGUGCUCGCCCGCCUUCUACCGCCACGCGGGCCUUUGCAAGGGCUGUGACAGCCACUGUCUCCAGUGCCAAGGUCCCCGGGAGUGCACCCGCUGUGAAGAACCAUUUCUCCUUUUGGAAUCUCAGUGUGUCCAGGAAUGCGGCAAGGGGUACUUUGCCGAUCGUGUAAACCACAGAUGCACAGCCUGUCCGCAGGGAUGCUUGCAGUGUCAGCACAGGGACCGGUGCUAUGUCUGUGCCCAGGGAUUCUUCCUGAAGCGUGGUCUCUGCAUUGCCAGCUGCCUUCCCGGUUUCUUUGCCCACGUGCCUAAUGAAACCUGCUCUGGCCAAAUACACACCCCGAGUCUUCAUGUAAAUGGCUCCCUCACCCUUGCCAUUGGUUCAAUGAAGCCACUUGAUUUCUCGCUCCUGAAUGUCCAAGACCAGGAUGGCAGCGUCGAAGACCUCCUGUUCCACGUUGUGAGCACUCCCACCAACGGUCAGCUGGUGCUUUCGAGGAACGGAAAAGAGGUUCAGCUCGACAAGGCCAAGCACUUUAGCUGGAAAGAUGUGCAUGAGAACAAAGUGCGUUUUGUGCACAGCAAAGAGAAGCCCAGGAAAGGUUACUUCUCGCUGAAAAUCAGUGACCAGCAGUUCUUCUCUGAGCCGAAGCUGAUCAACAUACAAGCAUUUUCAACACAGGCCCCCUAUGUGCUGAGAAACGAGGCUCUGCGUAUCAGCAGAGGAGAGAAGGGGACCAUCACCAACCAGCUGCUCGACAUCCGGGAUGACGACAACCCCCAGGAUGUGGUUGUCGAGGUGCUGGACCCUCCGCUUCACGGCCAGUUGCUGCACACGCUGCAGUCGCCCCCGGCUCCACUCUAUCAGUUCCGGCUGGACGAAUUGUCCAGGGGCCUUGUCCACUACGCUCAUGGGGGCUCACACGGCACUUCUGACGUGGCAGUGCUGCAGGCCAACGAUGGACACUCCUUCCAGAAUAUUCUCUUUCACGUGAAGAUUGUUCCCAAGAAUGCUGGUGGUCUUCGACUUGUGGCCAAUUCAAUGGUGUGGGUCCCAGAAGGGGGCCUGCUACAGAUCACCAAUAAGAUCCUACAGGCCGAAGCUCCGGGUGCCAGUGCCUCGGAAAUCAUCUACAAAAUCACAGAGGAUCACCCCCAAUUCGGGGAGGUGGUCCUUCUGAUUAACAUGCCAGCUGACAGCCCCGCAGAUGAAGGGCAACACCUGCCUGAUGGAAGGACAGCGACUCCCACCAACACCUUCACACAACAAGACAUUGACGAAGGCAUUGUGUGGUACAGGCACUCAGGAGUCCCAGCCCAGAGCGACUCCUUCCGUUUUCAGGUGUCCAGUGCCACCGAUGCCCACACCCAUCUGCAGAGCCGCAUGUUCAACAUUGCCAUUUUACCACAGACACCAGAAGCAUCGAAACUCUCUCUGGGAGCCACGCUACACAUGACCGCUCGAGAGGACGGCUUGACUGUGAUUCAGCCUCAUUCCCUCUCCUUUGUAAACUCCAAAAAGCCAAGUGGGAAGGUUGUAUACAAUAUCACCCUGCCUCUGCAUCCAAAUCAAGGUACCAUUGAAUACAAGGAUCAGCCUCACGUUCCCAUCAGAUACUUCUCCCAGGAAGAUAUUAACCAGGGCCGAGUCCUAUACCGUCCUCCUCCAGCUGCCCCCCAUCUCCAGGAAAUCAUGGCCUUCUCCUUUGCUGGUCUUCCUGAAUCAGUGAAAUUCCACUUCACAGUUUCCGAUGGAGAGCACACGAGUCCAGAGAUGGCCCUCACCAUUCACCUGCUGCCCACCGAUGAGCGCCUACCGGCUUUCCAGGUCAUGGCUCCACUGCUUGAGGUUACCUCAGGGGGAAGCGCUUCUCUCGGGCUUCAGUUGACAGUUAGCGAUACCAAGACAGACCCUGAAGAGCUCUACUUUGAGCUUCUGAAACCUCCACAGCACGGCGCGCUUCUUAAGUACACAACUGACUUUCAAGGGCCCAUGACUGCAGGGGACGCAUUCACGUAUGCAGACAUUGAGAAGAAUGCACUGCAGUAUCUGCACGACGGCUCCUUGGCCCGGGAAGACAGCCUGGAGAUCUCAGUCACAGACUCACUGACCACCAGCACUGUGGAAGUGAGGGUGCAGGUGACACCAUCGCAGGACUCUGGACCUCGGCUGGCCGCGGGGGCCUCGCUCAGCAUCACUGUUGCUAGUAAAAGUACAGCUGUCAUCACGCGGUCACACCUGGCUUAUGUGGAUGAUUCUUCACCAGACUCAGAGAUACGGAUUCGAUUAAGCUCUCUACCCAGGUAUGGCACUCUCUUAAAAACCGAAGGACCGGAGGUGGAAGAACUGUCCGAGGUUUCCAACUUCACAAUGGAAGACAUCAACAGCAAAAAAAUUCGGUACUCAGCUGUACUUGAGACUGAAGGCCACAUGGCUACGGACAACUUCCACUUCUCUGUCUCUGAUAUGGACCAUAACCAUCUGGACAAUCAGAUGUUUACCAUCACGAUCGUUCCUGUCAAGAGCCCACCUCCAGUCAUUGCCUUUGCUGACCUUAUCACGGUUGAUGAGGGCGGCAGAGCCCCGCUGUCAUUUCACCAUUUCUUUGCUACCGACGAGCACGACAACCUCCGGAGAGAUGCCGUCAUUAAAAUCAGCGCUCUGCCCAAAUUCGGCUGCAUUGAGAACACGGGGACAGGUGAUCGUUUUGGCCCGGGAAUGACUGGUCAUUCUGAUGCCUCCUUCCCUAUUCAAGACGUCCUGGAAAACUACAUUUACUACUUCCAGAGUGUUCAUGAAAGCAUUGAGCCCACCCAUGACAUUUUUAGUUUUUAUGUAAGUGAUGGAAACAGUCAUUCAGAAAUCCAAAGCAUCAACAUCACCAUCGAGAGAAAGAAUGAUGAACCUCCCAGGAUGACCUUGCGACCCCUCCAAGUACAUCUGAGCUCAGGAGAGGUGAUAAGCAAUUCUUCCCUGAGCCUACAAGACCUGGACACUCCCGAUAAUGAGCUGAUUUUUGUGUUGACCAAUACCCCUCACCACGGUCAUGUAUUCCUUAGACGAAGUGCCUCUGAGCCUCUGGAGAAUGGGAGGGUUUUGACCCAAGGCUCCUCCUUUACCUACGAGGAAGUCCUGUCCGGGCUGGUGGGCUACGUGCCUGGUGGGCCUGGUAUGGCAGUGGACGAGUUCCAGUUCUCCCUGAGUGAUGGUCUCCACACAAACCUGGGGAGAAUGGAGAUCUUUGUUGAACUGCCUACAGGUGACACCCCCCACUUGGCUGUAAACAGAGGCCUGCAGCUCUCAGCAGGAUCAGUAGCACGUAUCACAGAACAGCACUUGAAGGCCACGGACACCCACUCCGAUGCCCAUCGGGUGUUGUACGUGCUGAGGGAAGACCCUGGAGCAGGUCAUCUACAGGUGGUCCAGCGCGACCACGUGGAGCAAAUUUCUGCGGAGGGCCCUGUCCGAAGCUUCACACAGGCGGACAUCAGCCAAGGCCAACUGGAAUAUAGUCAUGAAAAAGGAGAACCUGGUGGCAGCUUUGUUUUUAAGUUUGACGUGGUUGAUGGAGACGGCAACAAAUUGACUGGCCAGUCAUUUUCCAUCAGCGUUCAGGAAGACAGAUCCCCACCUGUCAUCAUCACCAAUAAAGGUCUCAUCUUGGAUGAAAACUCAGUGAAGAAAAUCACAACUCUGCAGCUCUCUGCCACUGACCAGGAGCGUGUGCCUGCAGAACUGACCUACAGAGUCACCAGACAGCCACACCUGGGCCACCUGGAACUUGCAACCUCCCCAGGACUCCGGAUCACUUCCUUUACUCAAGCUGACCUGAUGUCACGGAAUGUCCAGUAUGUCCAUUCCAGUGAGACCGAAAAACAUUCCGAUGCCUUCAGCUUUACAUUAUCUGACGGAGUCCAUGAGGUGACCCAGACGUUUCACAUCACCAUUCGCCCUGUGGAUGACUCGCUGCCCAUUGUCCAGACCACGGGGUUGCGAGUCCAGGAGGGAGUGAGGAAGACCAUUACAGAGUUCGAGCUGAAGGCGGUGGAUGCAGACACCGAGGCCGGUUUCAUCACCUUCACCAUCACACAGUCACCGCGCCACGGUACCAUCGAGCGAGCUGGCAUCGGGCCACGCUCUCAGCACACCUCCACCUUCACCAUGGAGGACAUCUACCAGAACCGGGUCAGCUACAACCACGACGGCAGCAACUCCCUCAAGGACCGGUUUGCCUUCACAGUGACUGAUGGCACCAACCCCUUCUUCAUUGUCCAGGAGGGAGAGAAGGAGAUUAUGACAGCGGCACCUCAGCAAUUCCAAAUAGACAUACUCCCUGUAGAUGAUGGCACUCCGAGAAUUGUCACCAACCUGGGACUACAAUGGCUGGAAUAUAUGGAUGGCAAGGCCACCAACCUGAUCACCAAGAAAGAGCUGCUGACCAUGGACCCGGACACGGAGGACCAGCAGCUUGUGUAUGAGAUCAUGGUGGGGCCCAGCCAUGGCUACGUGGAGAACAAGCUACAGCCUGGCAGGGCCACUACUACGUUCACACAGGAGGAGGUGAACUUGGGGCUGAUUCGUUAUGUGUUGCUCGAAGAGAAGAUCCAUGAAAUGAUGGACAGUUUCCAGUUUCUGGUGAAAGACAGUAAACCCAAUGUGGUCAGGGACAAUGUCUUCCACAUCCAGUGGUCCGUCAUUAGCUUUAAAUAUACCAGCUACAAUGUCAGUGAGAAGGCGGGGUCCGUCAGCGUCACCGUGCAGAGGAAUGGGAACCUCAACCAAUAUGCCAUUGUCCUGUGUCGUACCGAGCAAGGCUCUGCCAGCUCCAGCUCCAGGGUCGGCUCCCCGCCUGGCCAGCAGGACUACAUGGAGUACGCCGGCCAGGUGCAGUUUGACGAGCGAGAGGACACCAAGUCCUGCACCAUUGUCAUCAAUGAUGAUGAUGUGUUUGAGAAUAUCGAAAGUUUCACCGUGGAGCUCAGCAUGCCGGCAUAUGCCCUGUUAGGGGAGAUCACCCAGGCCAAGGUCAUUAUCAAUGACACUGAGGAUGAACCCACUCUGGAGUUUGAUAAGAAGACCUACCGAGUCAACGAGAGUGCCGGGUUUUUGUUUGCACCUAUUGAAAGAAAAGGGGACUCAAGCAGCAUCGUGUCUGCAGUUUGCUACACGGUUCCUAAGUCGGCGAUGGGCAGCAGCCUCUAUGCUCUUGAAUCGGGCUCUGAUUUUAAAUCGAGAGGAAUGUCUGCGGAGAGUCGUGUGAUCUUCGGGCCCGGGGUGACCAAGUCCACCUGUGACGUCAUGCUCAUUGACGACAGCGAGUAUGAAGACGAAGAAGAGUUUGAGAUUGUUCUGGCAGAUGCCUCUGACAAUGCCCGCAUUGGGAGGGUGGCAUCCGCCAAGGUGCUCAUAAGUGGUCCCAAUGACGCCUCCACCGUGUCCCUGGGCAACACGGCCUUCACGGUUAGCGAGGAUGCAGGUACCGUGAAGAUCCCAGUUAUCCGCCACGGCACUGACCUGUCUACCUUCACAUCUGUCUGGUGUGCGACGCGCCCCUCAGACCCAGCGUCGGCCACGCCGGGAGUGGACUAUGUCCCCAGCUCGAGGAAGGUGGAGUUUGGCGCAGGGGUCACUGAGCAGUAUUGCACCUUGACUAUCCUGGAUGACACUCAGUAUCCAGUAAUCGAAGGGCUGGAGACCUUUGUGGUCUUCCUCAGCUCAGCACAAGGGGCCGAACUGACCAAACCCUUCCAGGCUGUUAUUGCAAUUAAUGACACAUUCCAAGAUGUGCCCAGCAUGCAGUUCUCCAAGGAGUCGCUGCGGGUGCAGGAGAAGGAUGGCGUCCUGCAUGUGCCCAUCGUGCGCAGCGGAGACCUGAGCUACGCGUCCUCCGUGCGCUGCUGCACGCGCGGCCUCUCGGCGCGGGUCAUGGAAGACUUCGAGGAGCGGAGAAACGCGGACUCUUCCCGGAUCACCUUCCUGAAAGGGGACAAAAUGAAGAACUGUACUGUCUCGAUCCAUGAUGACUCCAUCUUUGAGCCUGAGGAACAGUUCCAGGUCUACCUCAGCCAUCCUCUUGGAAACCACUGGAGUGGAGCCAGAAUCGGAAAGAAUAACCUGGCCACCAUCACAAUAUCCAAUGAUGAAGAUGCACCAACCAUUGAGUUUGAAGAAGCUGCAUACCAAGUUCGAGAACCCUCAGGGCCGGAUGCCAUGGCCAUUCUCAACAUCAAGGUGAUUCGCAGAGGAGAUCAGAACAGGACGUCCAAGGUUCGCUGCAGCACAAGAGACGGCUCUGCCCAGUCUGGUGUGGAUUAUUACCCGAAGAGUCGAGUGUUAAAGUUCAGCCCCGGUGUGGACCAUAUCUUUUUCAAAGUUGAGAUUCUCUCCAAUGAAGACCGGGAGUGGCAUGAAUCCUUCUCCCUAGUCCUUGGUCCAGAUGACCCCGUAGAGGCAGUUCUCGGCGAUGUGACCACGGCCACAGUGACGAUUCUAGACCAGGAGGCAGCGGGGAGCCUGAUACUGCCAGCACCACCCAUUGUUGUCACACUUGCUGACUAUGACCACGUGGAAGAGGUCACCAAGGAAGGAGCCAAGAAAUCCCCCUCCCCGGGCUACCCACUGGUCUGUGUCACUCCCUGUGACCCCCACUUCCCCAAGUAUGGGGUAAUGAGGGAGCGCUGCCUGGAGGCUGGCAUCAACCGCUCCUCCGUGCAGUUCAGCUGGGAAGUGGCUGCCCCCACAGAUGGCAACGGGGCCCGGUCUCCUUUUGAGACCAUCACUGACAACACACCGUUCACCAGCGUCAACCACAUGGUCCUGGAUAGCAUUUACUUCAGCCGGAGGUUCCAUGUGCGUUGCGUGGCAAAGGCUGUGGACAAGGUGGGCCACGUGGGGACCCCCUUAAGGAGCAACAUUGUUACCAUUGGCACAGACAGUGCCAUCUGCCACACCCCAGUGGUGGCUGGGACAGCAAGAGGCUUCCAGGCUCAGUCCUUCAUCGCGACCUUGAAAUACCUGGACGUCAAACACAAGGAGCAUCCCAACAGAAUUCACAUCUCGGUGCAGAUCCCACACCAGGAUGGGAUGCUGCCCCUCAUCUCCACCAUGCCUUUGCACAACUUGCACUUCCUGCUCUCCGAGUCCAUCUACAGACACCAGCACGUCUGCUCCAAUCUCGUCACCACCCGGGACCUGCGAGGCAUCUCAGAGGCAGGAUUUCUGGAUGACCGGGUCUACGAUAGCACUGCCCUGGGCCCUGGCUAUGACCGCCCCUUCCAGUUUGACCCCAGCGUGCGCGAGUCAAAGUCCAUCCAGCUCUACAAACACCUGAACCUGAAGAGCUGUGUGUGGACCUUUGACGCCUACUACGACAUGACAGAGCUGAUAGAUGUCUGUGGUGGCUCUGUCACUGCUGAUUUCCAGGUGCGAGACUCAGCCCAGUCCUUCCUGACAGUGCACGUGCCCCUGUAUGUGUCCUACAUCUACGUGACGGCCCCCAGGGGCUGGGCGUCCUUGGAGCACCACACGGAGAUGGAGUUCUCCUUCUUCUAUGACACAGUUCUCUGGAGAACAGGAAUCCAGACCGACAGUGUGCUGUCUGCAAGGCUUCAGAUCAUCAGGAUCUACAUUCGAGAGGAUGGCCGGCUUGUCAUUGAAUUCAAAACCCACGCCAAAUUCAGAGGACAGUUUGUGAUGGAGCACCACACCCUCCCUGAUGUGAAGUCCUUCAUACUGACUCCAGACCACCUCGGAGGCAUUGAGUUUGACCUGCAGCUCCUCUGGAGUGCUCAGACUUUUGACUCACCAUAUCAACUCUGGAGAGCCACAAGCUCUUACAACAGGAAGGAUUACUCCGGGGAGUACACCAUUUUCCUCAUCCCCUGCACCGUGCAGCCCACGCAGCCCUGGAUAGACCCCGGAGAGAAGCCUCUGGCCUGUACUGCACACGCCCCCGAAAGGUUCCUGAUACCCAUUGCUUUCCAGCAGACCAACCGCCCCGUGCCAGUUGUGUACUCACUCAACACAGAAUUUCAGCUCUGUAACAACGAGAAGGUUUUUCUGAUGGAUCCCAACACGUCUGAUAUGUCCCUGGCAGAAAUGGAUUACAAAGGCGCCUUCUCAAAAGGUCAAAUCCUUUAUGGCCGAGUGCUUUGGAAUCCAGAACAAAACCUUAAUUCUGCUUACAAGCUUCAGCUGGAGAAAGUCUAUCUUUGUACUGGCAAGGAUGGUUACGUACCUUUUUUUGAUCCCACGGGGACAAUCUACAAUGAGGGACCACAGUAUGGAUGCAUUCAGCCAAAUAAACACCUAAAACACAGAUUUCUGCUACUGGACCGCAGUCAGCCGGAGGUCACUGAUAAGUACUUCCACGAUGUGCCCUUCGAGGCCCACUUCGCCUCCGAGCUGCCCGAUUUCCAUGUGGUCAGCAGCAUGCCGGGUGUGGAUGGAUUCACGCUGAAAGUAGAUGCACUUUAUAAGGUGGAAGCCGGACACCAGUGGUACCUCCAGGUCAUCUACAUCAUCGGCCCCGACACCCUCUCCGGGCCCCGGGUGCAGCGCUCUCUCACAGCACCCGUGCGACGCCCCCGCAGGGACCUGGUGGACCCCAGCGGCCGGUUGACCCUGGACGACUCCCUCAUCUACGACAACGAAGGGGACCAAGUCAAGAACGGCACCAACAUGAAGUCGCUGAGCCUGGAGCUGCAGGAGCCCGUCCUCGCCGCGUCCCUCUCCCAGACGGGCGCAUCCCUGGGCAGCGCGCUUGCUGCGGUCAUGCUGCUGCUCCUCGUGUGCCUGGUGGCCUGCUUCCUCACCAGGAAGUGCCAGAAGCAGAGGAAGAAGCCAGCCCCGGAGGACGUCCUGGAGGAGUACCCCCUGAACACGAAGGUGGACGUGCCCCGGCGGAGCCCCGAGCAGGUGGAGAAGAACGUGCACAGACAGUACUGCACCGUGCGCAACGUCAACCUGCUGGGCGAUGCUGACGCCACCGCCUACGUCUUCAAAGGCGCCAAGGUGAAGAAACUGAACCUGGAGGUCCGAGUCCACAACAACCUACAGGAGGGAACGGAAGUUUAA